AUGAAAGUCACAUUCCUGUUGGAGCUAUUACUAAUUCUGAUCAUCAUCGCCUUUGCCGCCUCCAAACCGGUUAACGACGAGGGACGAAAUGCACGCAAGGGUGCGAUCAUCUCGCGACAGACGGCAGAGGAAGCGUUAGCGGGGGAAGUGGUCGGUGCUCCGGUGCCCGUAGCUCCGGUCGCUCCGGUUGCAGUCGGCGGCGGUGGUGGCGACGACGACGACGAUGACGAUGAUUCGGACGAGUUUGAUCUCGGCGACGAUGAUGACGAUUCGGCCGAAGAUGAUGACGACGACGCGGAUGAUGAUGACGAUGAUGAAGACAUUAUCGGCUCGGUUGAAGAUGAGAUCGACGAUGAUGAUGAUGACGAUGAUGAUGACGACGAGGAAGCGGUUGCUCCCGUUGCUCCGGCCGCGGUCGUUGACCAGCAGAAACAGACGGCCAACCAGGCGGCUCCGGCUGCUGCGGCCGCCGCCUCCGAAGAGGAUGAUGAUGACGAUGAUGACGACGAAGAUGACGAUGCGUUGUCUUUUUUUGGUGACGACCUUCUAGGAGCCUUCGACGAUGACGAUGACGACGAUGACGACGAUGACGAUGACGACACGGUGGCUGCGGCGCAGCCGGUGCCCGUUCAGCAGGUCGCGCAGGUCGUCGCCGAGCCGGUCGCACAGGUGGCCGCCGCUGCUCCGCCCGUGGCCAAGAAGACCAAGAAGAAGGUGGCCAACACGCAGGCCCUGCUCGACUUGGCCGAGGCGGCAUCCGCCCAGAACGAAGUGGACAGCCCGUUGAAGAAGCCGGCCGGCGGGGACCUGGAUGUGAACAGUGAGGUGAACAAGAUUGCCGAAACGCUCGCAAACCAGGGCGGCGGGGCCGACGCAGCGACCGGCGUGACCGACGCCGUCGUCGAGGAGGACGAGGAGGAGGAGGAGUACGACGAGGGCUCGCCAGAAAAGGUACAAAAUCAAAACACGAAUAACAAUAAAGUUGACGUUGUUGCCAACGCUCCAGCUCAACCCGUAACGGUGACGAAACCGGAGAAGAAACCGGCGACCGGGGACGAUGACGACUACCUGUCCGCGUUGGUGGGCGACGACGACGAGGACGAUGACGACGACGAUGACGAUGAUGACGACAGCGAAGAGGCGCCGGCGGCAGCGGCGGCGGCCGUGGUGUCCGGGGGGUCCGCAUCGGCGACUGGCCAGAAGGACGAACAGCAGACGACGAGUGGGGUCGCCGAGCCGGAGGCGGACGACGACGCCGAGGACGACGACGAUGACGAUGACGACAGUGACGAACUCAUCGACGAGAGCGCCGUGGAGGACAUUGCCGAGACCGACGUGUGA